UCCCCCCGGGAGCCUGAUGGAGGCCAGGCCCGUCUACCUCUGCCAGUCCCGGAAAGGACCCUCGAACGUUAAUUUCAGGUUCUCCUACCCAUCGACGGUUUCCGGGCCCGUUGCGGCAAACGAGAUGGGGGACAGACCUCCCCACGGUGAUAAGGAGAUGAUAUUACCCCCUUGCAAGAUAUCAGAACUGGUUUCCUCGGCUGGGAAUUUUAUCAAGAAGCAGAGGCUUAGUUCCCGCCCGAUCCUUAGGACGACCCCCGACGAAGCCCAGGACCUUCUCGACUCCCCCCUAAAUCUAGAUGCCGACUCGGAAGAGGUGGUAAGUUCCCUAGUGGCCUCCUUGCUCUCCAAGCCCUCGGACUUCAUCCGGUCGUAUCCCGAAGGCACGGAUAGCCCAGAGAGCUCCAGGCCGCCGUCCCCGGCCAAAGAGGAAUCGGUAUCUUCGGACGAAGAAUACUCCUUCAAGUCCUUUGAUGGCUUCGAGCUGGACAACGCGGAGCUUUACCUGGCUCUCAUCCGGAAUCAGCUCCCUUUCCUGACGUAUGUCACCAUAAUGAGGAAAGUCGAGAACAAGGAGAUAAUGCUAAGGCUCCACUACCUCUCGAACAAACCCAUCCAAGAGGAACGGGAAGAGUCUCCGGAGGUGUUUAUUCCGGAAAGGGUCAGGGUUUUUCCAGAAAUCGAUUUCGAGUGUGACGUUAUCUUGCCGCCGAUAUUGCCUGAAGUAAGGAGCGUGGAGGCAGUGGAGAGUACACCUCCGGUACUCCAUGAAAGCAUGCUGGGGCUGGAGGUCGAAUACUCUAUUCCGAUAAUCACGGGACAGGAGGUGAUUAAAGCCACGGUACCACGCAAUGUGGAGGACUGGGGUUACCAUAUCUGGCAAUCAAUAAAUGCAGAAAGGUCGUGAUUGCCUUCGUCAGAUGAUAAAAAUCAAACGCCCCAUGCCGUUCGAAGUUUUUGUCAGCGGAAAGUGAAGAUUCGUUUUCUACCGGUGUGGACGAUCGCUAGCUUUAUGACUGGGGUUACCAUAUCUGGCAAUCAAUAAAUGCAGAAAGGUCGUGAUUGCCUUCGUCAGAUGAUAAAAA